AUUACUCUAUUGUUGAGAACCGCGCGCAAUUUUAACGGUUCCGCGUGACCAAAGGUCACAUUGCUAGUUUUGGUCUUAGCUUCGUUUAGAGGUGAUGUUAAAUCACAAUGGCAUAGUAUUUAUCUCCACAUCACCGUUACUUAUAAAUUUUACUUUUAAGUUGCAGUUGUACUAACCGCCACUCAUCUAUUGUGUGAUUCUUUGAUUUAUAUAGUCAGUAUCUUUUUAUUUUAUGAAAAUGCAGGCCUAGCAGACCCUUAGGAAUGCAAAUUUAGUAGUAAAAUGCCACGUUUUACUUGAAAGAAUAUAUUUGAAAGAUCCUAGUGAAUUCGACUUUGGUGUCUAUUCUUUACUGUUGCUGUAGAAUGUGAAACCGGCCAAAUUUUGGUUAAUGGAAUAGUAUAUGUAUUUGUAGAAAUUGUAAUUUUAUGUAGAAAUCGAUUUAUACUGUGCAGAGGUAGCACGUAAUCACUGAAUGAACUGUGCCAGCAUAUGUGGUUUCUGUCAGCAAAAUUGAGGGGAUAUUUUAGCAAAGGCAUUGUCGUCUGUGUUCAUUAACUUACCAAACAACAGUAGAGGUUGAAGUAGUUUUUACUUUUUUGAAUAUUCUUUUAAUGAAUGCUAUUGAGUAACAACAGUUGGAGUGCAUGGAAUGUAUUGCCUAUCAGUUAGACUCCAAAAGUGCAAGUUUAGUGAAAUUUAAUGUCAUUAAUAACAUAUUCGAGAAACACAACUCAAAGUGGACAGGGUUACACUUAUUUUGUUCAUGGCCUUAGUCGCUCAGUGUAAUUCAUGCAACUUGUCACAAUUCCAAACUAUUGGUGUACAUAUAUUGCAGAAUGCUGGAGGAUUACACGGUGUUAAAGCCUGUUUUCUGUCUGUUUUCGACAUAGAACUUUGCAUAAAUGUGCGGAAGUUCAAGUCGCCACACUCCGUGUAGCACGCGAAGCAAGAGAAGAAAGUACAAGAAAAGCAUAAUAGAAACAGUGAGUAGAGGUGUGAGACAAAGGAGUAAUAAGGAAAAACAAAACAGUUUCAUUGGAUAUAAGUCACAAGGAGUGGAUGCAUCUGCGCCACUGAGAACGAUUUUGAGCCAUGUCACCAAUUGUUUCCAACCAUAGAUUUUUACCGUCCCUGUUUUGGGCCUCAGUAACCACAAAGUCCGACUGCCUGUCUCCAUUGUCAAAGGCACUACUGUCCAGGUGUUUGUUAGCACGCAACACAAGUCUUCUAAAACGUAACAAUGGAAGCACUACUUGCUUAUGUAGACGUUCCUCCAGACUGUCGGGAGGCUAUUCCUCUUUUGAACUUGGAAAAUCAAGCGUUUGCAAAAAUUUUAAAGCGAAUGCUUAAAAAACUGGAAAAGGGAGAAAUUUCUGUUCAAAAGCAAUUGCCUAAGAUAUCAAAUGAUGGUAAUGAAGAAAAUUCCGACUACUUAUUCGUUGGAACCAGUCAAGAAGAGAGUUCAAAUAUACUGUUUGCACGGCUUCCUGAUUCUACUGGCGGCAAUGAAAUUUAUAGGCUUCCUUUUCUGCGUUUCUCCGUUCGUAAAGCAAACGAACCCGAAAAGGUGGAGACAAAAGAGGACACUGAAAAAGUAAAGGAUCAAAGUAAUGAAACAAACGAUAAAUUAGAACUUUGUCUGGAGAAUACUAUUAAAAGUUUGAAUGAUAAAAUUGACAAUUUUGGAUCACAGUUAACAAAAUUACUGGAAAGUCUACCACAGAAUCCUAAGCCAUCACGACCUCGUCCACGGAAAUCAGAAACUCCCGCAGCAGCUAAAACUACCACCACUACCGCUGCUACUAUUACUACUACUUCUACGGCAACUGCUCCAAAUGCACCCAAUGCAACCCCUGCGCCAAAGUCAACACCAACUCCAAGACCUACACCUGCAAAUAAACCAAAAACUCCUGGUACACCAGCUGCUGCUACUGCUGCUGCUGCUGCUAGUGGUGGUAACCAGUCAAAGUCAACGCCUAAUAAAUCGUCAUCUGUACAUUUCCCUGGAAAUCAAUCGAACAAUCAGAUAACUGAAUCAAAAGCGAAACCAAAGAAUAAGGCAACUGAAUCAUCGACAACAGUGAAAGCAUCUGGCGAUACAAAUACAAAUGCCAAUAGUAUGUCUACAAUCGAUAGCGCUAUAAACAAAGUAUUAUCACGUAUUAAUAAAGGCAAAGAUAUUGAUAUCGGCACUGCUCUACAAGAAAGAUUGAGUGGUAUCAAUGGAAAAGACACUGCAUCCAUCGAUUAUGAUGUAGAUAUUGAUUCAUUGUCAUCACCGCCGCCGCCGCAACAUAUUGUCGAAGAGUAUCGAUGUCCUGUCGGUUUGCCUAAAAGAAAUCUUGUCGCUAUUUCACCAACUGUUUCAUUUACUGUUAAACCAGUUCAAAGUAGUGUACCAUCGACAAAACGAGAUCAUUCAUCCAUAAUAGAAGAAGAAGAAGAAGAUGAUGAUUCUGUGUUGAACAGUGUGUCUGCUCAAGAUGAUUGUACUAUAAUUAAUGUUCAGUCAAGUGGGGAGAAGAAGCACAAACAUAAAAGGCGAAAACAUACACAGGAGUAACAUAUAGAGUAGCAUUUUUUGUGUGUUGUGUAUACAAUUAUGCAAUAAUAUUGAUUUGUUGACUUUGUGCAUACUUUUGUACAUAUCUGUUUUGCUUUUCUUUGUAUACAUCGACAUUUAUCCUCCACAUUUAUAUAUAUAUAUAUAUAUCUUCAUUUCGACUUCUCCUGCAUAUUCUCUCUCUCCCUUUGUGUAUGUGUACCAUAGACUAAUUUGACGUAAUCUAUCUUUAUAUAUUUACAUGUAUGUAUGUAUGUAUACGCUAAUAUAUGACCAAUAUUCUACUAAUGGA